GAUUUCAGUCAGGAUUAUGGAAGACUCGUGGAAAUGGUUAGUGAGGGCGCAAUGCGAAGUUUUUGCUUUCAAAGGUUGCAGAUGUUGAGUGCGAGUUUUAAGAUGCAUCUAACAAUCAACGGAACAAUCGAGCGAGAGGAACAAAGCAAUCUUUUGGGGACUGACUUUUACCGAACCAUGAAAAUCGACAAUCAUAUUCACGCCGCGGCAGCUCCCAGCGCUAAACAAUUCGUUGAGUUUGUCCGACGCAAGCUUGAAACGGAGCCAGACACUGUCGUUAGUUCAGAUGGUCGCACACUGGUUCAAGUUUUUGAAGAUGCUGGGCUCGACAAGGACCAUCUGACUAUAGACGCAUUCGACGUACUUGCCGAUUACUCCGUGUAUAAACGCUUUGAUAAUUUCAACUCAAAGUACUCGCCAUUCAGGAUGGCUGACAUGAGGAGGAUUUUUCUCAAAACUACAAAUCACAUCAACGGCCGGUACUUUGCUGAACUUCUGAAGAUUGUGAUUGACCGUCACGAAAAGUCCAAGGGCCACAAUUCGGCGUGUGAAAUGCGUCUAUCAAUCUAUGGUAUGGAACGUCAUGAAUGGUAUGACUUGGCGUUGUGGGUAUUGCGAGACUGGCAGCACGAGGAUUUUCCGGGCCCAAUGACGUCCGGCAACAAUCGUUGGCACAUUCAAAUUCCUCGCCUCUGGCGUAUUUUUAGUCAAAAACCGAUACGAGAUGGCCAGCCGCAGCGUUCUUUUCUAGAAAUGAUCGAAAAUCUGUUUGUUCCACUUUUUGAGGCUACUUUGCAUCCUGAACAACAUCCGGAAGUGUCCGAACUCUUGAAACACAUUGUGGCCUUUGAUUCCGUUGACGAUGAAGGAGCAUUAGAAGAAAAUUGUUCUUGUCAGCGCCCUCACGAGUGGACUACAAAGAAGAAUCCAUCGUAUUGGUGGCAGCUCUACUUCUUGUGGUCAAACCUCGAAGUAUUAAACCAUCUUCGCGAAGCUCGUGGAUUAAACUCGAUUGCCUUUCGCCCACAUGCGGGAGAGACGGGUGACCCUAUGCAUUUAGCGUCCACCUAUAUGCUUUGCCAAAGCAUCAACCAUGGCGUCGGCCUCGAUAUGCAAGUGAGUCUCCAGUACCUCUAUUAUCUCGAUCAGAUUGGACUUGCUAUGUCGCCGCUGUCCAAUAACUUUUUAUUUACAAAAAUUGCGGACAAUCCGUUUGCGAAGUAUUUUCGUCGUGGCAUGAAUGUGACCAUUUCCACGGACGACCCUCUCUUGUUUCAUAUGUCUGAUGACGCUUUAUUAGAAGAAUACUCUGUGGCGCGAGCGACAUUCGAUUUGUCAAUGACGGAUAUAAUGGAGAUCGCUCGCAACUCAGUCAUGCAGUCAGGAUUUGAAGUUGACUUUAAGAAGAAUUGGCUUGGUUCGGACUACCAGCGUGGAUUGACUUUCUGCGACGAGAAAAUAACGCACGUGCCUCUUAUCCGAGCAAAGUUUAGAGCCGAGCACUUGGCCUUAGAA